AUGGAAUUUGAUACGACUGUCAUACAAAUGGUACUUGCUCUUCUCCUGUUCUGCAAGGCCAGUGCUAUUCCAUAUCCAGACAUAGAUGCCUCAUUAGACGAACUAGUUUUAAGAAAUGCAGGAUAUACCAAUAUAGGUUAUCGAUCUUUAUGGAAUGUACUUCGCUGCCUAGGCGUAAGAGCUUCACAACACACGGUUAGGCUAGUUUUGAAAGCUAUUGACGGAGAAGGCGUUUUAAGGAGACAAAGACAUAGGCUUACAAGAAGACGAUACACUAGUAACGGACCGAGCUUUUGCAUCCACGUCGAUGGAUAUGAUAAGUUAAAGCCGUUUGGAAUAUCUGUUCAUGGUGGAAUCGACGGUUUUUCAAGAAAGAUACUUUGGCUGAAGGCUACAAGUUCAAAUAAAAAUCCCCGUAUAGUUGCAGGACAUUUUCUUGAGUAUUUGAAGACAAGCAAGAGGGUUCCAAGGGUAGUACGCAUGGAUGCAGGAACUGAAAAUGUUAUAAUUGAACGUAUUCAAAUAGCUUUGAUAUCAUUUCAUGCUGAUAGCAUGGCAGGACAUAGAAGUGUUUCAAUAGGAAGAUCAACUGCCAACCAAAAGAUCGAAAUGCUAUGGAGUUUUCUGAUGCGAAAUUUCACAACAUUUUGGAGGAAUUUGUUUAAAGAUAUGGUAGAUGAAGGUAUACUAAACAAUGCCGACCCUGUGCAUCUUGAAUGCAUACGGUUUUGUUUCCUACCACUUAUUCAGAGACAUUUAGACAUGUUUCUACAAUCAUGGAACUCGCACAGAAUAAGAUCUCAAAGAAAUGUUGAAUGUCCACAUGGUAUACCUGACGUUAUGUACUACCAACCUUUUAUUUACGAUAAAUAUGACUGCUCUUAUGAAUUGCCGUGUGACAUAGUUGUAUUGGAUUACUUAACUGAUAUAUACGCGGAUGCUGUUCUACCUAGAGGCACUAAAGAAGAAUUUAGACAAUUAAUAAAUACUCUCACGUUUUUAGAUAUCGAAGAAUUCGAUGUCAUUGAAACUCCAACACAGGCCAAAGAAUUGUUCAACUUAUUAACAGGUGUAAUAUCACAACAUUUGACUAAGCAUCAUUCUGCCCUAGCUUGUGAUGAUGGAUGGAUUUACAAAUCUUACGCUGAUAAAGACUGUAGCUAUGCAAUAUGUGAUGGAAAAACUAAUUUCAAUGGAGCUUGUAAUAUCUAUUAUUCUGACGACCAAAUAAUAACAAGAAGUCAUAGUUCACCACAGAGGUCAAGUGGAGGAAGCUGUACCAGUCCAAACAACUGCAUAAACUGUAAUGAUGGAUUUUACUCUGAUGGCCCUAAUUGUAGAAUUUGUUCUAAGAUCAGUAACUGUAACCACAGACGAUGUACGACGGCCACAAACCAGAAAUGCAUGUAUUGUGAAGGAGACGUGGCAUCCAGACCUUAUUGGAGAGCCUAUACUCCAGAGAUAGAUGAUGCCAUUUCUUGUCAAAAGACCUGUAACUGGAGAGCUGAUAGUACCCGUUGUUAUCCUGGAACUUGUGCUAAUGAGUUGGCAGAUAACUGUAAAUGUUCAGGGAACUUUACUGGAAAUCAUUGUGAAAAAAUAAUGGAUGACCCUACGAUUGCCUUUAACCAUGCAGCUUUUUAUGAUAAGAGCAAGCUACACAAGUUGGAGAAUGACCCAAAUUAUGUUGGGAAUGAUAUACCUGUUUAUUGGACAAACUUUGUAGGGUUUAGUACUAUUGAGACGAGUAUGGCUGCCAAAUAUCUACAACCACCAGACAUUAGGGAUGCAGAUCAUUAUGUGACUGCUUUUAGAGUUGGUCUGAUUGUGCAGAAGUUAACAGUGUCAUUUUAUAAGAAUGGAAUGUUUGAGUCAUCUCAGGUGGAGGAAUGCAGUGGAAUGGACAGGGACCUACCUGUGGAUACCAAACAUUGCUCAAACCAGUUUAUCUUAAGUUAUUUUCCAACAACACUACAUAAUGAUAAGAUAAUGUUUGCAGUAAGUGCAAAGAAUGGUGGUUAUUUAGAUGUACAUAAUAGAGAAACUGAUGGAGUUAACAGAUAUUAUUAUGAAGGAAGGACAUUGGUCCGUGAGUUUGAGUUCCACUGGGAUCUGGUCAACCCUUACCAUUGCUCUGUUACACAGGGGUUAGGAUGUGAUGCCUUUGCUUCUGUUAAAAGUGAUAUAACAGAUAAUCCAAACAUAACUUUGUCCUUUGGAGGUUGGGCAGAUGAUUUGUCUGGAUUAUCAUAUUACGACUAUGAUGUUUACGAGCUUGGUCAUAAUGGAGUGGAGUUAAUUGAUGGCAUGAGUGUAGUAAUAAGCCAAACCAAGAUACAUGUAGAUAAUCGCACAAACACAUUUACUGUUCCUAGACCUGGAGCUUACUCCCUACAUUUUUUUGCCUUUGACAAGGCAGGCAAUUAUAAAACUGGACGAGCCUUGUUCCUGUUUGACGACCAGUCGGUUGUUGAUAAGUAUGAUCAUCAGCAGACAAUCUGCUCCACGUCUUCCCAGAAUACAUCAUAUCAAUGGGUAGUGACUAAUACAGAUACUCUACAGAUAAUAUGGACAGACAGGUUUAUAAAUACUCGACAUGAAGACAAUCGCUGGCUGAAUGAAGUGCAGACAUUUUCACCCAGUGCUGAGACUUCUAUAUAUGAAGAUUUAUAUGGCAAUAGGACAAAUAAGUUGAUAAAUAAUCAGCAUGGCAUUGUUGAUUUUCAAGUGUCAUUUGACGUCCACAGCCCUUUAUUGAAAGAUUCCCGACCUUUAACCUCUGUAUCUGACAUUCAUAACCAGUAUGACAUUCUCAAGGUCAACUGGACAGAUGGAGAUAGACUGACGUCAACAGUAAGGGCGUUAGAUGUUCUUGGAAAAUUUAAUGAGGAUACAAUCAUAAUAUACAGAGAUGCCACGCCCCCUGUCAUAGAGAACUUGUGGUUGACAAGAGGGGACAGAGUCAAUAUAAGUGUCCAUAGAAUCGAGGAUUUCACAGAAAUGAUAAUUGAAUGGGAAGCCUAUGAUGAUCACAGUGGUUUAGAUUAUAUUUAUUGGAAACUAUAUGACAAAUAUGGUGGUACUGAAGUCUUACAUGGUCAUGAGGAUAUCAUCACUCAAGGAGGGGCAGAUGCAUUGGAAGAGUGUGAAAACAUGUAUAAAUCCUAUGCAAGGGGAGCUUACUGUUACUGUACACCAUUCAUGGGAUGUUAUCAUAGGCAUUUCCAAGUAAAACCAGAGAUUAAAGCACAUGGAGGACUGAUCCACAACUUAUACAAGGGUGUCCAUGAUUAUGAUUACCACAUAGAUAUAUCUGUAACCAACAAGGCUAAUAUUACUACACUCCUCACCAAGAAGGUAAGACUGAUCUACAACUUAUACAAGGGUGUCCAUGAUUACGAUUACCACAUAGAUAUAUCUGUAACUAACAAAGCUAAUGUUACUACACUCCUUACCAAGAAGGUAAGACUGAUCCACAACUUAUACAAGGGUGUCCAUGAUUACAAUUACCACAUAGAUCUAUCUGUAACUAACAAAGCUAAUAUUACUACACUCCUCACCAAGAAGGUAAGACUGAUUCACAACUUAUACAAGGGUGUCCAUGAUUACUAUUACCACAUAGAUAUAUCUGUAACUAACAAAGCUAAUAUUACUACACUCCUCACCAAGGAGGUAAGACUGAUCUACAACUUAUACAAGGGUGUUCAUGAUUACUAUUACCACAUAGAUAUAUCUGUAACUAAUAAAGCUAAUAUCACUACACUCCUCACCAAGAAGAUAAGACUGAUUCACAACUUAUACAAGGGUGUCCAUGAUUACGAUUACCACAUAGAUAUAUCUGUAACUAAUAAAGCUAAUAUUACUACUCUCCUCACCAAGAAGGUAAGACUGAUUCACAACUUAUACAAGGGUGUCCAUGAUUAUGAUUACCACAUAGAUAUAUCUGUAACUAAUAAAGCUAAUAUUACUACACUCCUCACCAAGAAAGUAAGACUGAUUCACAACUUAUACAAGGGUGUCCAUGAUUACGAUUACCACAUAGAUAUAUCUGUAACCAACAAAGCUAAUAUUACUACUCUCCUCACCAAGAAGGUAAGACUGAUCCACAACUUAUACAAGGGUGUCCAUGAUUACGAUUACCACAUAGACAUAUCUGUAACUAAUAAAGCUAAUAUUACUACUCUCCUCACCAAGAAGGUAAGACUGAUUCACAACUUAUACAAGGGUGUCCAUGAUUACGAUUACCACAUAGAUAUAUCUGUAACUAACAAAGCUUAUAUUACUACUCUCCUCACCAAGAAGAAAGUAAGACUGAUCCACAACUUAUACAAGGGUGUCCAUGAUUACGAUUACCACAUAGAUCUAUCUGUAACUAACAAAGCUAAUAUUACUACACUCCUCACCAAGAAGAUAACAAUUGACAUCAGUCCUCCACAUGCAGGUGUGGUCCAUGAUGGUAUUGUUGGUAGUCCAGAAGUAGAUUAUCAACAGGAACUGACCAUCAGAGCCUAUUGGGACCAGUUCUUUGACAGAGAAAGUGGGGUCUUCUUUUAUCAAUAUAUUGUUGGGAGUAGCUGUGCAAAUAAAGAUAAUUUUGAUCUGGAACUCACUCAUCCUAAUGUAGUAGAAACAUAUGACACCUUUGCUAGUGUAACAGUCAGUUCAGAGGGAACGUAUUACUUCACUGUAAUAGCCUAUAAUAGAGCAUUAGAACCUUCUGACCCAGUCUGUUCUGAUGGUGUUACAAUAGAUACUUCUGUACCAAGCAUUGAACAAGUGGCUGUUGAGAAUGCAAGAAUUGUGGGAGGCUUGAUAAAGGAAACAUCAAAAUAUUACAUUCUAGGAUCAGACCGCAAUAGAAGACUUAUUUCCAAUCCAACAACAGAAUGUGUAGACAAGGCAACAGAAAUAUCAGAUAUAGACCUGUACCCCUUGGAACAGUAUGAUAAUGGUACUAUAGUAGAAGUUAAUGGAACUGUGUUCUGUCAAAACUCAACUGGAGCACCAAGCAAUAUAGGGAUUACUGUAUCAAAGUCUUCUAUGAUGGAGAUAUCCUGGGUACCAGUUUUAGUACCAGGACAGAUUUAUGACUAUGAAGUUGGAUUAUCCACUACAUCAGGAAGUUCUGCUCCUGAUCUGUUGGCAUUCCAGUCUACAAAACAACAUGCUCAUUAUUUUAUCAUGCAUAGUAAUAUACCUGAUGGAAUGAGGUUUUUCAUUGUUAUUAAAACAAUUAGUAAAUCCAAUAAAGAAGGAAUAACAUCCAUCGGGCCAUGCUUUGUUGACACCACACCACCAGACUUUACAGGGUCUAUAAGUCUGACAUUAUCUGGGGACUAUCUGUUAGCUACAUGGGCAGCUGAUGCAUUUGUUGACAGUGAAGAUUUAUAUGACUUGGACUAUGAAUUUUCUGUUGGACAUGAAAUAUACAGCACUGACGUCCAAGGUUUUAUCCCCCUUAGAGAGGGAGGUGGCUGUUUAAUUACCACCCCACCAAUUUGUACAGCAGUGAAAAUCAUUGAUUUAGACUGGUACCUUCAUGGACAUCACACAUAUUUCAUUUCUAUCAAAGUAACCAACACAGCUGGGUUAGCUACUAUACAGGCAUCAAGUCCAUAUAUCCAUGAUGUUCAGUUACCAGCUGAAGGUUUGGUGCUAGAUAUUGAUUCUCAGAAUUUUACAACAGAUAUUCCCUUGAAGGAUAUAGAAGAUAUAGAUUUUCAGUCAGACAAAACAAGUAUAGCAUCUAGAUGGUCUGGAUUUGCACAUCCACAUUUAGAUGUGACCUAUAAAGUCAGUAUUGGUUCUACUAAAGGAGGAAGUAAUAUGUUAUCAUUAAAAGAUGUCGGGAUUGUUACGGCACACAAAGAAACAGGUUUAUUGCUGGACCCAUUGAAGAAAUAUUUUGUGACUGUGACUGCAGUGACAUCUGCUGGCAGCAUUAGUGUUUCUUCAGAUGGUGUUACCAUAGUAACAGAGAAUGCUGUAUUACCAGGAGUGAUGAUAUAUGAUGGGAAGCCUUGUAAUAUGACAGAUUUCACCCUUAAUCAUCAUGAAGAGGACCACAGAUUUCCAUGUCCAGAAGACAUAGAUGUCCAGAUGUCAUUGAACUCCAUCAAGGCCUACUGGACAGUACCAGAGGAUAUACAGACCUAUACUUUUGAUGCAUUGUUUGCUAUAGAAAGACGAUCAUCUCUCGGAGAUAUGUGGUUUCCCUUCCAUGGAUUUGAUUAUGUCUCCACAGUAUUUGACAUAACAGUAGAUGACUUAACACUAUCGCCUGGGACCAUGUACCGUGUUGUGCUGAAACUUUGUGCCAAUACAAUUUGUUUCCAGACAAUCAGUACAGAUGGAGUAAUGGUGAUGUCUAGUCCCCCAGCAACAGGGGCAAUAACUCUUCAACAUCUGAAUUUGACUGUUGGUGGUGGAACUGAAAAGCUGCUUGUGACUUUUGACCAAUUUUAUGACCCAGAUAUAGAGAACAUUAUAGAAAAGUAUGACGCAGUUCCAACAUAUGAGUAUGCUAUAACUGAUAAUUCUCUGCUUGGAAAAAUGUACACACCAUGGACUUCAAUAACAAGUCAAACUAUAAACAAUCACAAGGUAUCAUUUGAGGUGCCUUUAAUUGGUGAGAUGGAUUUUUCUAGAUGUAAAAGAUUAACUAUUAGAGGUUAUAACAAAGCCAAGCAUUAUUCCAUUGUGUCAACAGAGAUCAAAGAUUGUGCAGCUUACAAUCCUAUACUGAUUAACCCAAACAUUGUAAUAGAUGCUAUAGGACAACCUGAUCUAGUAGAUGGAAUUGGAAGGACAAUUUAUCUGACCAAGAAUGACUACUGGACAGAGGCUGACCAGGAUUACACGCCAUACAAGAAUGUUAUAUCUGCUGUGUGGCCUACACUACGUCAUAGAUCUUACACUUAUGCUGUUCUCAAUGCUAAAACAAUAGAUGUCACCACCUACUAUCGUCAAAUUAAUCAGCUUAGUUUGAAAGACCCAUGUGAUCACCCAGAUGCUAUAAAAUGUGGAGCUACAAAUUCCGAGUUUAUGAAUGUUGAGUUUGGUGAUGGAGAAUUGGUUCAUGGUACCAGGUAUACAGUGUGUGUCCAUGCUAACCCUAGAGUGAUAGAGUAUGAGAUGUGGACAGAUGUACUACCAGAAGUUAAUUCAUGUAGUGAUGGUAUCAUUGUGGAUUUCACUCCACCCGUGGAGGGAAGAGUGUGGAUUGGUAAUAUUCCAACUAUUACACAUCAGACUGUUACUUCAGAUAUGUAUGUAAAUUGGGAUGGUUUUUAUGAUGUUGAAGAGUAUAAUAAUGGUCCUCAUUCCACAGGCAUAAAGGAGUAUAUAUUGGGGAUAGGAACAACCUCUGGAGGAAACGAUGUGUUCCCAUUUGAGAAUGUAGGAACAGUACAACAUAAAGCCUUACAUGGAUUAAAUCUACAGAAUGGCUACAAAUAUUAUGCUACAAUUAAAGCUGUAGAUUUUGCUAACAGAGAAACCACAGUAAUGUCAGAUCCAGUGAUAGUUGAUAUUACUCCACCAGACAAAUCAAAUGAUCCCAUAACAAUUACAAAUCUACAUAUAACAUCCACAACGGAAAUAGAAGCAUGCUGGAAGAAUGUGUUCACAGAUUUAGAAAGUGGGAUAGAUUAUUUUCUGUGGUCAAUAGGAUCAGAACCAGGCUAUGUAGAUAUGAUGCCAUAUGUUACAGUUUUGGAGGGGGAGUGUGAUACAACAGAUAAAAACAACCCUCUAGAUCUGAUAGAUGGCCAUUAUUAUUACAUUAAUGUCAGGGCUUUUAACAAGGCUGGACUCUCAUCUUUGUCUACAUCCUGGGCCUUCCAAGUAGACACCACACCGCCAACGCCUGGUCAUGUGUAUGAUGGAGAUAACACUGUGUUAACAGGAGAUGUCAAGGACAUAGACUACCAGACAGAGACAAAGGUUAUACAUGUAUACUGGGAAGGGUUCCAUGAUACUCAUUCCAUCAUACAGGAGUAUUAUGUAUCAGUCGGAACCUGUCCUCAAUGUGAAGAUGUUCUUACAGAACAAGCUGUAGGAAUUACUAAUGAAUUUUCAUUAAAGGAUAUUCAUCUUGGAACAGGAUUACACUAUUACACAACUGUAACAGCAUGUAAUACUGCAUCUAUGUGUACCUCUGUUACUUCUGAUGGUGUUGUAAUGGACAACAGUCCACCGAUAGCUGGUCAUGUACAAGAUGGUACAGGCUUUUAUGACACACAGUACCAGUCUAUGAGAACAUAUAUAUCUGCUAAAUGGUAUGGAUUUGAUGACCCUCAAUCUGGUUUACAAAAGUAUGAAUGGAGGGCAGGUACCAGUAUUGGUGGAGAUGACAUUGUAUCCCCGACAGAGCUCCACUUAACAGAAGUUCUAGCACUGAAUGAUCUAAGUUUAACUCUGCCUCUAAAUCAGAAAAUUUAUCUUACUAUCAGAGCUUAUAACAGAGCAGGUUUAUGGACAGAAUCUUCUUCCAAUGGUUUUAUUGUUGACAUCACAGCCCCGGUUGUCUCAACCUCAUUGACCUUUGCAAAGGAUUAUGGGAUUAAUGGUUUAACACAGAUCUACAGAAACUCCAUGAAAGUAGAAUGGAACAUAAAUGAUCCAGAAUCAUUCAUAAAUAGACAGUAUUUAUCUAUCAGUUCACACAUUGGUGGAGAAUUUAACUUAUCUUCAAUACAAGUAAAUGGAAUAGCUAGGUGGUAUGUUAUAACAGGACUAGACCUACAUGAUGGUGUGACAUACUAUGUAACAUUAAUCUCCUGUAAUGGAGCAGAGAUCUGUAUUACCAGUACAUCUCCAGGGAUGUUUGUAGAUAGCUCCAAACCAUCCAGAGGAAUGUUUGCCAUAGAUACAGACCAUGCUGUCAAUUCAGACCUAUCAAGACAUUCUGAUGGAUGGAUGACAUGGACAUCAACAAAUCUAUUUUUAGCAUGGCUUGGUUUUAGUGAUGCACAGUCUGGUAUAGACCAUUACAAAGUGACUGUUGGAUCAUCUUAUAUGGCUACUGAUGUUGGCAAGAAACCAGAUGCUAAGUAUAUACAUUCCACAGCUAAUGAGGAUAAUGGAGAUGAAGGCAAAGUUCAACUUUUCAAAGUUCAAACUAAAGGCCUGAUCAACUACGAUAUUCUCUAUGUUACUAUUUGGACUGUAAAUGGUGUUGGUUUGAGAAGUGAUCUUAUUUACUCCGCCUUCAGAAGAGUGCCAGGAGGAGCUCUAGAGCUGAUCAGACGUUGUGAUUCAAUGUCAUGUGAAGGUCAUUGUGUUUGUGCUCCACAGGACCAGAAAUGUCCAACCUCACCUAGUUUAAAAUCUUGUACAGACAUAUCUUCAAAUAAUUCAAACAGUAUUCUUCUUGUCAUGGAUUCCAAUGGAUACUCUUCAACUGACCUGUCCUUUACAUCAUCAGCAAAUGUUCUAAGAGGACAAUGGAUUAUAUCACAGUCACAAGGGCUGGCUCCUCUGUGGUAUGAAUGGAGUGUUGGUUAUACUGGAUAUUCUACUCCAACUGGUAUAUAUAACCUAGUAGACGAAAAAAAUUGGCAAGAUGGCGGACAGUUUACAGAUGGAGUAUAUAUAACUAAUAAAGGUGUGAAUCUUAUUGAACAUUCAUCAUACAGUUUCUACGUGAGGAUUUGGUACACAGUGGACACUUAUGCUGUCUUCAAGUCAGAUGGUAUUACUGUAUUCUCUCAGACUCCACCAGUAGCAUCUGUUCGUGGUAAAGUGGUUACAGAAAAGACCCUAGGUACAAAUGUCAAAGAUCAAGAUUUCAUACAGACAGGCAGACCCAUGGUUAUUGAUUGGAGUGGCAAAUUCUUAGAGGCAGAAAAUUUGGUUCAAAAGUACAAAAUUUAUCUGAGUACAUAUCCUGGAGGUCAUGACAUAUGGACUGGAAGUGAUGAAGUACCAGGAAGUGCUACUGGUUACAAUAUCUCUAGAUUAAAUCUGAUACCCUGUGCUUUGUACUUCACAAAUGUUGUAGCCUAUACCUACUCUGGAGUUCAUACAACUGUGACCUCUGAUGGAUUUAUAGUGGAUGUUCAUCCUCCUGUAUCUGGUGUAGUGUAUGAUGGGAUAGGAAGAUCUGACUUGGAAUACCAGAACUCAUCAGACUUUAUAUCAGCUAGAUGGCAUGGAUUUAUUGACACUGAUUCUGGUGUAAAAGAAUAUAGAUGGUGUGUAGGAACAACGGUCAUUCCUGUAGAAUGCUCUGUCAUAGGCUGGACUAAUGUUGGACUACAUGUAUCAGUAACAAGGAAUUUAUCAUCUAGUAUUACACAAGGGAGUAAAAUCUACAGCAAAGUAUAUGCCAUUGAUAAUGUUGGUUUAAGUUCAGACACGGCUAUAUCUGAUGGAGUUGUCAUAGACACAACUAAACCUGUUUCUGAAAAAUUUCUACAUGCAGAUGUCAAUCUUGUCAGUAAUCCUUCGUUUGAAAACACAAGUGGAAGUGAAAUUAUGUGGGAGGAUGUAAAUUCGACUGAUAUUUGCAUGUUAAGUUACAUGUACUAUCCAUCGUCAUGGACACCAGAAUCUAUGUCAUGCUUGGCAGUCGUGUCUUCUGAUGUUAAUUUGGCCAAAGAUGGACGCUCAUUCUUGUUUAUUAGAGGAAGUGCUCAUCAGAGAUUAGAAAAUAUAAUUGCUGGAACUCUUUAUAAGGUCUCUUUCUUUUCAAGUCAUUUACCAAUUUGGAACUCUGUAGCAGCUAAUAAACAAGGAUUCAUACAGCUCGGAGACCACAGUGAAAUCUUCUUAAUAUAUACAAAGGCCUAUAGGAGAGAUAACCAUGGAGAUAGCUCUAGAGAAGAAGUGUCUUGGCACAAACACACUUACUAUAUUAAAGCUGAUGAGGAGAAUGUAAAUUUAACUAUUGGAAGUGCUGAUCAGACAACAGGAUUAAUAAUAGAUGACCUCUCUGUACAGGAAGUGACAUUAGAAAGUAAUGACAUCUCUGGUGGACAUAUUUUAGGCCAUGUUGUUUAUAUACAUGAAUGGGGGUCAAUUCAUGGAUCUUGGAGCUUUGCAGACCCAGAAUCUCCUAUUAUAGAUUACAGUUGGGCUAUUGGUUAUGCAGAAGGAGGUACCCAGAUACAACCAUUCAGGAGUGUAGGAGUGAUGAACUUUGGUUACAACAACAACAUUACACUGGUACAUAAUGUGUACAUAUAUAUCAUUGUUAUUGCCACAAACACUGCAGGACUGAGGGGUGUGGCAUAUUCUGAUCCAAUACUUGUAGAUUUGACACCACCCGAUAUCAAUUUUAUCAAUGAUGGAUUAAGUAUAGAUGAAGAUUCGUGGAUCUUAAAUGAAGUGUCUGCUAAAUGGGAAGUGGAAGAUUUACAAUCUGGUAUUAAAGAAUGUAAAUGGGCAAUAGGCUAUUUACCAGAAAGGACAGACUUACAAAUCUACACUACAGUAUCAGGUAACACAGGAUCUAUAGAAUUUGACUACAGUGUAUUGGAAGGUUAUACUGUCUAUUCUACACUGAGCUGUGAAAACAAUGCUGGUUUGUCUUCAGUUAGAUCUACUGAUGGAGUAAGGAUCACAGAGAAGCGUCCUUCCACUGAUCAUGCUGAGGUAGAGGUUGUUGGUAUAUCGUCUACACAGUACAAUCCUCAGACUGGCUUCCUGGGAGUUACAGAUAACAUCAGACUAAAAUGGUCUGGCUUUAUUGAUAAUGUUGGUAUCGAUGCAUAUGUAGUAGAUAUUGGUGGUGACAGGUCAGACCUAAUGUUUUUCCCUACAGAACAAGAUUUGUUGUAUACCCACUUCUCACAGAUGUCUAUAGCCAGUGAUAUUCAACAAAAACUUUCUGUUCAGGCUGUUAAUAAAGUCUUCCUGAGAAGUGAUAAAGUGAGAAAAGACUUAAUGGUGUAUCUGGACAUGCCACAGGUUGAUGCUACAAAAACUGUGAGCGUAUCAUGGACAGACAAUAAAUUCAUGGCAUCAUGGGAAAGCAUUUUCCUGUCUGACCACCAAUUAUACUAUGAGGUGUCUGCAGGAACACAUGACAGUGGUGUUAAUAUUCUUCAGUGGCAGUAUACAAAUCAAACCAGCGUUACCUUUGGCCUCCCAGGAUCUGUCCAGGCAUCCAGUGGAUUGAAAGUCCAUAUCACCAUAGGAGCCAUCUCUACUGGAGGAUUUUAUAACUUUGUUAAAGGGACUGUUAUACUUCCCUAA